UCUUCCUCAUUCGUCGUCGUCGCUUCGUUACUAUAACAAUCAAGUACUUCGUUUGUGUCAAAAAUCUUCCAACGAACACAGAUCUACGCUGCGAAAUUGGAAUCAUGGGUGACCGAUCUAGUGAUAGAGGGGCAAGAGUUUACGUAGGAGGACUAACAGACUCGAUCAAGAAGGAAGACUUAGAGGGCGAAUUCGAGAAGUAUGGCAAGUUAAAUUCAGUGUGGGUGGCUUUCAACCCCCCCGGUUUUGCUUUCAUCGAAUUUAACAACCUCACCGAUGCUGAAACAGCUUGUGACAACCUCAACGGUACAGAUUUCUUGGGGUCCAAGCUGAGGGUUGAAAUUGCCCGGGGCAAAUCUCGCAGGGGCGGUGGUUUUAGGGGUAGCAGAGGGGGGAGCCGUGGUGGCCCUCCUGGAGGUGGUUACAGAGGGGGCGGCAGCAGGGGUUACUCUGGUGGCGGUGGCUUCAGGGGUAGUCGAGGAAGCAGGCCUGGUGGAGGCAGAUUCGAUAGCUACGGAGGUGGCAGACGAGAAGGUGGAGGUGGCGGCGGUGGCGGCCGGUUUGGUGGCAGGGACUUCAACAGGAGGAGUGACUCUUACAGCCGGGAUAAUUUCGGUGGCAGAGGUGGUGGCGGUGCAGGUGGUGGAGGCCGCAGGUUCGAUGACAGGUAUCGGUCCAGGUCCCCCAAUGCCGGCAUGCCGAGACACUAGAGAAUAUAAUAAGACUUAUUUUUCCCUUUAACUUUUAAUUUAUGAUAUGUAUUUACCUUAAGUACUGAUGGAAUAACGGAGUGUAAUAUUCAUGUAAAAUGUAUUCGCUACGUCCCCACAAUCGACACGAGCAGUAUUUGCAUAUCUAUUAUAUUGUGUUAUUUUGUAUGAGUCACUUUAAGUUAUUUAAGGAACAAAGGUUGUAUGUAACCGUGUUAUGUACAUAUUUUUUAGUAUCUUAUUCUUUUGUCAUACAAAAAUGUUCACAAAAUAAAAAAUUAAACUGAU